AAACAAAAAACGACAGCAGAAACCCUAGACAGAAAACAGGGAUGGCGGAACAGCAACUACAGCAAGACGGCUACCAAAUUGACAUAGGGAAUCUCAUGGCGUAUGAUCCUCAACAUCAGUUCCAAUCUAUUCCCGAUAAAAGGGAGGAUCUUGUAAAGGAGUGCAUAGCACAUGCUACCAAGUUAAUUCAAGCAGUUGCAGAUAAUCUUUUUAGCUUGCCUUCAACAGAAGAUGCAUCGGGGCCCAUUGUUCCUUUACCUCCUCCAACUACAAAAUUACCUAGAGAAAAACCUCUCCCAAAACCUGCACCUCCAACAAAGUGGGAAGUUUUUGCCAAAAAGAAAGGUAUUCAAAACCGCAAGAAGGACAAAAUUGUCUUUGAUGAACAAACAAGUUCUUGGAAGCGCAGAUACGGUUAUGAUCGUGUAAACGAUGACAACGAUCUUCCAAUCAUUGAAGCAAAAAUGACAGAUGAGCCAGGAGUAGACCCUUUUGCCACAAGAAGAUCAGAAAAAAAACAACGAGUUGAAAAGCAAGAAAAAAAUCGCUUGCAUAAUCUCAAAGAAGCAUCAAAAGUUGGUGCUCUCCCAAGCCAUGUUCAGCUUGCAGCUACUUCAUUACCUAUAACAGGAACACAAGCUCCACCAAGAAAAGUCAGCAAGGAUGAGCUGCAAAAUGUUGCAGGAAUGGCUGCAACUUCAACUGCUAGUGGGGGUAAAUUUGACAAAAAGUUGGCUGGUGAAAAGCCUCCUAAACAUGAUAAGAAAUAUAGAAAGUUUUUACCUGUGGUGGAAGGAUCAGGGAUGGGUUCAUUAGAGAGGCAACAAUCUGACAAGAUUUUAAAUAAAUUAAUGGCCAAAAAUUCUCAUGAAAUCUUCAAUGUUUCUAAGGCUGUGGACAUGUACAAUGUGAAGAAUGACAAGAAACGAAAAAACCAGCAAGGCAAAAACAAGUCCUUUUCAACUUCAAGCAAAUUAAAAGUGAAGAAAAGCCCUUACAAAAGUGCAUCAAAGGGAUCAUCAAAGAAAGGAUCUUCAAGUAAAUCUAAAUCUAAGUGAAAUGCAUUUUUGGGACAUUAGAACUUUUACCAAUAAGGUAAUUUUGGUAUUGUAGUGUGUGAGUUAUGUUAUAGUAUUUUUGUCCUUUUUGGUUUCAUUAUACAUUAUUCACCAUCAAGUUAUCAAUAUUUUUCGA